CCCGCACCUCCCGCCCCUCCUCACUCGCACACAUCCCCCCCGCACACCCCCUAGCGCCCUACACGCCCCUCUGGAUCCUCUACACGCGGCACCAGCAACGCGAGCUGCGCACCAUCGACGCGGCGCACGCGCGUCUCGGCCCCGUCGUCCGUCUCGCGCCGAACGAGCUCAGCGUCGUGUGUGUGGGUCCUGGAGGCUUGGGGGGGAUCUAUACAAGCGGCUGGGACAAGAGCGAGUGGUAUGCGUUUUUUGCGAAUUAUGGGUGAGUGGUGUUGUUGUUGUUUGCUUAGUGUGUUUUUGUUUGUUUGUUUGUUUGUUUGUUUGUUUAGUUUCUUGUUGGGGGUUGUGUGUGUAAGGGUUGUGGUGCUGGGGAUGGAUGGAAGGCCUGAUGAUGCAGGUGGGCGGGUGAGUGUUCCACCGAUGUUCGCGACGAUUCCCUCUAAGCGACAUGCUGCCCGCAAACGCAUGCUCAGCAAUGUCUACUCCAAGUCCGCCAUUCAGUCGUCGCCGUCUCUCCGCGCUGCCACCAGCGUUAUCCUGCAUGGCCGUCUACUUCCCCUUCUCGCUGAUUUGUCGUCCCAGUCCGGCGAUGCGGCGGGUAUCAUCGACAUCUACAACCUUUUCGCCGCCUUGACUAUGGAUUUCAUCACUGCCUACCUGUUUGGCCUCUCGGCCAGCACAAACUUUGUGCAAGACACGACAGCCAGGGACGAAUACCUGCGUCUGUACAGAUGUCGUCAAGACUUUUCGUUUUGGCCACAGGAACUGCCCAAGUUGACCAGUUUCUUGGCGAAGAUGGGCCUAAGGCUAGUUCCCAAGUUUGUUGACGAAGCGAAUGCGUCCCUUGAGGCUUUUAACAGCCGUAUGUGUGAAAAAGCGCGCACUGUCGCAGCAAAGACGUCGGCAGUGGAGCACCCGGAAGAGUAUCCCGCCGUGUAUGCACAAAUGCAGGCUGCGAUGGCGAGAGAUCAGGAAAAGGCAUCCGGAAAUGGCAUGGCCCCACUGAAUGACGAGGAGCAGCAGACUGAGAUGGCGUCCGAGUUCCUGGAUCACUCGUCAGCGGGGUUUGAGACGUCAAGCAUCACGCUGGCGUACUUUGCACACGAAAUCUCGCAGCGCCCGGAGCUGCAGGACAGGCUUCGCGAAGAACUGCGCUCUCUCGAUCCGCCGCUCACGCUCGACUCGAAGCCCGAAUUGCCCAGCGCCAAGGCCCUCGACGCGUUGCCGUUGCUGCAGGCGACUUUGCAGGAGACACUGCGGCUCCACGCCGCGAUACCUGGGCCGCAACCACGAGUCACUCCGGCCAAGGGAGCGUCAUUGGGACCGGCGGGGCGGGAAUACAGCGACUUGCCGGGCGGAGUGAAGGUGAUGAGCCAGGCGUGGAGCUUACAUGGCAACGAGGAGGUGUUUCCCGAGGCGGAGAAGUGGGUGCCGGAGAGAUGGUUGGAUAGCAAAGGUGAGCUGCUGACGGCGGAGAGCUCGGAGGGCGGAGAGAGGUAUAGGGAGAUGAUGCGGUGGUUCUGGGCGUUUGGCAGCGGCGGGCGGAUGUGCGUGGGCAGUCACCUCGCGGUUUAUCAGAUGAAAGCGAUAAUCGCGGGCGUGUGGACGGGCCACUCGACGAGCAUAGUGGGGACGAAUAUGAUGGAGCAGAUGGAUAGGUACACGGCACCGCCGUCGGGGUCACGGCUGGUGGUGCGGGUGCGGGUAGAGUAGAGUACCUAGUCGAAGCGAGAGCGGGCGGAGCGUCGGGCCUCGCGAUCAACGGCGUGGCUGCAGCGAUGCAGCGAUGCGGUGAGGGCGGGCAGAGUGGUAC